AUGACCCGCAGGCUAACCCAGCUGGAGUUCGCUAAUUCGCCCGCGUUACUGGGCGAAGUGAUUCGCGAAGAGAGCGACGGCACGUGUUACACAUUGGCGCUGGUCCAUCGGCACAUAGCGAACGAGGGCGACGCCUGGUCUUGGACCCUGGACUAUCUCAAACGGACGCUGGAUAACGCUACGCGGCUUACCGGCGCCUCUGGCGCGUCACUGGAAGAAUACGAUGCGGAACUAGCUGGUUACGCCGCCAUGGCCAGUACCAUAGGCAGGCGGCUGGCGGAGCUGCAUAGCGCGCUCGCCGCGCCUGCUGACGAUCCAGCCUUCAGCCCCGAGCGCGCCGAUUCUGCCCAAGCCCAACAGCAUGCGGCGCAGGCUAUCGCAACGCUGCACGACGCGCUCCGGGUUUUGGUCGCGCGCAGCACCGACUCUUGCACCCACAUCGACGACGCUUGCCUCGUUGAUUUCGAAGGCGAGCCGGCCCGUCCGUUUGCCGAGCGGCGCACCAAGACUACCCCCUUACGCGACGUGGCGGGGCUGCUGCGCUCAUUCGAUUACGCCGCUGCCGUGCUGAGCCCACCAGGUCCGUUGGGGUCUGCUCUGCUCACCGCUUGCGCCACCGAGACAUUGGGGAUCGUGAAUAAGCCUAUGGUCUUGGAACCAGCGCCUCAGCUGCACGCCUCACCUAUUUUUGAGACGUCUCAAAAGUCGGGUCCGCUCACCGGCCCUGCUUGCACCACCGAGACGUUCGGGAUCAUGAAGAAGCCUAUGGUCUCGGAACCUGCGCCUCAGCUACGCGCCCCACCUGAACCGGCGCCGCCUCAGCUACUACGCCGGGAAGCCUUGCUCUCGCGCUUUAUUCAGCGUGCGCGCAGUGCGUUUAUGCAGGGGUACCAUGCGGUGGCCCACCAGGCGCCCCACCCGUGGCUCAAGCCAGGCGCGGAGCAGAGCCUGCUGGAACUGGCAUUGCUCGAAAGAGCGGCCUAUGAAGUUUGCUACGAAGCCGCGCACCGCCCUGAUUGGCUGUGUAUUCCAGCCGCCAGCCUGGCGGAACUAGCGCGCGGCAUACUGGCCUCGCCGUCGAGCGAGAAGGAGGCGCACGAAUCAUAA